UGCGUACCCGUUGUCUGAUCUCUGAUUGUUCGUUUGUGCACACGAUUUGAUAAGACGCAGUGCAUCGGUCCUACCUCCACAAUGUUGUUCGCAAAUUAUCGUUGAAUCGAAUUACUACGACUACUCGAAUAAAAUGACUUUUAAACGUGUGUUCAAACUUCGAAUUGAAGAUUAAACGGAACCCUCUCUUUUUUAAUCCGAAUCAUAGUAUUACUCGCGGUAAAAUUUACCAGCGCGUAAAAGCUGCUGACUACUUACUUGUAAUAUUAGAAGUGCUCGUAAUAUUAGACGUCAACUUUCAUAAUUCCUUCAAGUGUAAAUAUACGUUAGCAUCGGCCGUUAUUCGAGAACACCGGUCACUGUAACAUCGUUACGGUCAGAACCACUGCACGAUCGGAGCGGUCUUACCGGUCGACAGGCUGGCGCGCUUCUGACAAAUGAAUAUCGGCUUCCAAGAAAUACAUUCGUAGAAAGAGAACGAAGACAAAGUAAACACACUUGAAAUUUGUCGGUUACCGAGUGGAAAGUAGCAAAAAAUAAAUAAGAUAACUAACCUACAGUGCAACCAAACGCUGUUCUAUUUUACAUGAAUUUUUUCUUGAAAUUCUUGAAAAGCAUGCAGAAUUUGUUUACAUCGAGAAGUUUUCACUGUAAUCGUUAUGGCAAGGAGUAAUAAUGCAGGAUAUCAACUAAUGCAGCGGACAGAAAGGUCUCAUUCUGCACGGAUGUCGACAAGUCGAUAAUCGUGCACAAUUUCGAGAAACGGGGAUGGGUGCAGGUCGGGCCGGAGGACGACUGGAAUUUUUAUUGGGCGGCCACUCAGUCUUGCAGGACGAUAUUCAGCGUAGAAAUCGGAUACAGGAUGGACGACAAACAGAUGAUCAAUCAUUUCCCGAAUCAUUACGAACUCACGCGGAAGGACUUGCUCGUGAAGAAUAUCAAACGGUACCGGAAGGAACUGGAACGAGAGGGAAACCCUCUGGCGGAAAGAGGAGACGGUCCAGUCAAAUAUCUUUACCUUGACUUCAUUCCUGUCACGUUUGUUCUACCAGCAGAUUACAACAUGUUCGUGGAAGAGUACCGGAAGUCGCCCCAAAGCACGUGGAUCAUGAAACCGUGUGGAAAGUCUCAAGGAGCUGGGAUCUUUCUGAUCAACAAGCUAAGCAAACUGAAGAAGUGGUCCCGAGAAGCGAAGAACCCGUUCAAUCCGAAUUUGACCAAGGAAUCGUAUGUUAUAUCUAGAUACAUCGACAAUCCCCUCUUAAUCGGUGGCAAGAAGUUCGAUCUACGAUUGUACGUUCUCAUCACGUCCUUUCGUCCACUGAAGGCCUAUCUGUUCAAGCUGGGCUUCUGUCGAUUUUGCACUGUCAAAUAUGACACUAGCAUACAAGAAUUGGACAACAUGUACAUACACCUCACGAACGUGUCCGUGCAAAAGCAUGGCGAGGAGUAUAACUCGAAGCACGGUGGCAAACUGAGCGUGCACAAUUUGAGAUUGUACCUGGAAAGCACUCGGGGAAAAGCAGUCACGGAAAAACUCUUCGCCAACAUCACCUGGUGCAUCGUGCACUCAUUGAAAGCUGUCGCCCCGGUCAUGGCGAAUGAUCGACACUGUUUCGAGUGCUAUGGUUACGAUAUCAUCAUCGACAACGAGCUGAAACCGUGGCUCAUAGAGGUAAACGCUUCCCCGUCGCUGACGUCCACGACAGUGAACGACAGGAUCUUGAAGUACAAAUUGAUCGACAAUAUAAUAUCGAUCGUUGUGCCGCCGGACGGCGUUCCAGACGUCAAGUGGAACAAGUGUCCGCUUCCGGAAGCCCUGGGCAAUUUCGAACUACUUUUGGAUGAAGAAAUCUGCGCGCAGGAGGAAAAGGAGAACUCUAAUAAGAAUCGAGCAUCUUCGAGCAAAUGGAAAUAACUGUUUGAUCAGAAGCAAUUGAAGUGUAUUUCCCGAAGCAUUGAACAAGUAUUUCUGUUGUUUAGAAACAGGAGAAUAAAAAUUAUAACUGUGAGGAUACACUUCGAAUGUAAAUAAUUGAAGAUACGAUUUAAUUUAAC